AUGAACCAGACAAAAUAUGGCCUCAAGCCAGUAAGAGGGAAAACCCUUCCCGUAAAUGUGGAACCUCAGUGGACGGUGGAGCAACUUUUGGCGGUUGCCACGAAGAAACUAAAAGAUUUCAACAAAGAUAUGGAUGACGGAGAAUAUGUCUUGCUAUAUCCGGAUGGCUCUCAGGUUAAAAAUAUACCAGGGACUGACACCGCCUUUACAAUAGAAAAGUACAAAGAGGCUAUUGGAAAAGCGUAUCAAAGGAUCACUCUUUACAUCUGCACCCUUGAGGUCAUGAGUCACAGAGAUGACUCAGAUUCAGAAGAGGAGGAUGAUGAAGUUGUGGUGAGGGUGCCACCCAAUAUGUCGCCUCUGUCUGGCACAGUGAUCGAGAGUGCAUCAAGGCCCCAGCAGAUGACCACCUCAGUAGAUCAGCCCAGUACCUCACGUGAAUUCUACAAUGAUGGACUGACAGCUGCAGACGUGGUCUUGAAUCUGUCUCAGAAACUUGACACUACCUCCUGUAGCAGAUUUAAUAUUAACCGGGCCAAUGUCUGGGAUGGUGCCAUAAGAGGGUUCAAGCGAUCCACUUAUGACCCAACAUACAGCAUAGUGGUGAAAUUCACCGAUGAUGUUGGGUUGACGGAAGACGCUGUGGACACCGGUGGGCCUACUAGAGAAUUUCUUACCCUUUUGAUGGACUCCAUCAAGACCAGAAGAGUAUUUGACGGCAAAGACAAUGCCAAAUACCUUUCAUUUGACAGCAAAGCUGUUGAAGAGGAUGAAUAUUUCCACAUUGGAAGAAUAAUUGCCGUCUCCUGUGUCAAUGGCCGUCCAGGGCCUCGUUGUCUUUCCCCAAACUUCUUCCUGUACCUCAUUGGUAAAGUUAAGGCAAUUGAGGCUCCAAUUGAGGACAUACCAGAUGAGGAAGUGAAGAAGGCCCUCCUGGAGAUAAAGAGUACUACAUCACUGAGGGAACUCAGGGGUCUAACAGAAAAGCACUCCAGCCUGCUUCAGACAGCAGGCUGUGUUCGAUUCAUGAGGACUCUGGAGGAUCAGAAGAAAGUUGUAGAGGAUUACAUUCAGUUGUAUUUCAUCUACCGAAACCAUCAUUCCAUCCAGAGGUUCAAGGAGGGACUAGCGACGCUGGAUUUUGUCAACGCACUGGAACAGCAUCCUUCAUUGUUCUUUUCAUUCAUGUGCUACACCGAGACAAAACUGACUGCUGAUGCUGUGGAUAACAUAUUUCAGGUGGAGUUCAGUCCACCUGGUAGCACCAGGUGUCAGGAGGAGGCCAGAGUACUGGGCUACUGGCGAGAUUAUCUGCUCUACGUUGAAGGUAUUAACUUGAAAAUUAUAAGACGUGCAGAAUCAUCAAUGCAAUAA